AUGCCGGUUCCAUGGCGCCUACCUCCUGUUGGUGGGCAAUAUCCUCCUGUUGCUUCUCCAAACGCGAUUCUCCAUCUCAGCUUCUUCUACUCCAAACGCGAUUCUUCAACUCAGCUUCUUCUACUCCAAACGCGAUUCUUCAACUUCUUUACAAAUCUCAGCUUCUUUCUUCGCACUUUCAGGUCAGAUUCAUGGGAUUCAAAGUCGGAUCGCAAGUUCGAUAAACCCACCGCUGCUCUCCUCUCUGCUGCUCUUCAUAUCGAAAUGUCAACAAAAGGAUCAUCUAAACUAAAUACUUUGUGCAAACUAUGGAAAGAUUUAGAUGAACCUUUUAAAACAAUAAUUAACAAUAGAAUAGAAAAUAGGGGUCAAGGUUAUACAUUAUUAAGAGUUUUAAAGCUUGUCCAAGAUAACUCAUCGGAAUUUUCAACAUCAUUGUUUGAAAUGUUCAUGAGUUAUUAUGGACUUCAAGAAAAUUACUAUUGUUUUCAUGUUUGUGGUAUUAACAUGAACGUCUCAUUGGAAGACGUUCUGUUUUUGACCAACUUGCCCAUUACGGGCCGAGCAAUUAUAUCUGAAAGCAAUAAAGACCCUAUGGCUUUUAACCGGGUUUUUUCUUUACCUGCUGUUAAUAAACUUAAGUUAAGUGUGUUGAAAAAUAUUUGUUGUGAUUUAAGUAAAAAUGAUGAUGAUAGGAUAAAAGUUGUCCUCCUUAUGAUUGUGUCUUGGCUGAUCGUUCCAAGUGGGGAUGGCCAAAACUGCAAAACCACAUACGUCUAA